AUGAAAGAAGAAGGCCAAGAUGCGCUGGUCGACUACGACAGCGAUAGCAGCUUUAUCACGGUAAUAGAUAGAGAAACAAAAGAUAAAAACGAGGAGACAGUAAGAAAAGAUAGAGAAGCAAAAGAUAAAAAGGAGAUGGAAAGAAGAGGUGCAAUCCCGAAAAAGAACUUGCCUAAAGUCAGAGAGAAUAUAGAUGUGACCAAAGCAUGGGAAGAGAACCGUCCAGUACUGCCAAUUGGAACCAAAAUAUUAUAUGAAAAGCAAGAAAAAUUGGUCGCAAAAAUGGACAAUUCGAUGCAGAUGCUGGAUAAAGUAAUGACGAAGGCCACCGAGAUGAUGGAGAAUAUGGUGGAAGUCUCCUGUUUAAACUUAGAGAAAGAAAAAGUUAAACUUAGACGUUUAGAGGUAAGCAAUAAAGAUACCCAAAGUUCAGUAGAAAACAGUAAACAAACGGUUAAAGAACUAGAGGUAGAGUCUAAAAAGAGAAAAUUAAAUGAAAUAACAGUCUGUUCAGUCGAAAAAAAUAAGAGUUUAGAGACAAUAAAAAGAGCUAUAGAAUUGGAAUUGAACAGUCAAAGGUUGCAUAUUAGAAGAGAAUAUAAGCUGACGCAAAAAUCCAACUUUGAUCCUUGGAUGGAUUAUUUAAAAUCUGAGUUAAUGAAUAACGAGUUGUUAGAUGUAAUAGAUUCAAACAUUGAAAGUCCAGAAAAUCUCUCCGAACUAAAAGUUGCUAAGAGAAAAAGUCUAGUUAGAGAUAUAAUAAUCAAUCAUUUAGAUGAAAACUAUGGCUCUAGGAAGAAAUCUCCCCGGAAAAAUCCUCCCCGGAAAUAA